AUGGGAAUUGUUGGGGUGUUACAGGCUAGGGAUGAUGUUAAUGUGGCUAGGGAUGAUGUGGCUAGUGACGAUGAUUUUGUACCAGAUGUUGUUUCGAUUAUGAAGGGUGAAGGAGGGAAGUUUGUUAGAUCUGAGUCGAGCACUGCGAGGAUGAGUAAACGACAGAAGCAAUUGGCAAAUGAGUCUUGGAUAGUUAGGUCUCAUAUCUCGGGUGGCCCGGUUGAUGGAAGCGUCAUUCCUAGCUUUGGGGGGCAUGUCGCCCGACAGAUUUGGGAUGGGGAAGAGCGAAAGGUGUUGUUGUGCCAAAAUAGAAGUCAGGCUUGUUCGACACUUAACUACUGGAGAGAGUCAGAGGAGUCACAGGAGUUGAAGCGACGCGUAGAUGCGACUGGAUUAGCCCACCUACCAUAUUGCAUGUUUGCACACAUCGAUAUGCCUUUGAUUUCUGCGUUCGUUGAACGUUGGCAGCCUGACACGAACACUUUUCACAUGUCGUUUGGGGAGAUGACUAUUAUGUUGCAUGAUGUAUGGCAUAUCCUUCGCAUUCCAGUUGAUGGGCGAUUGAUUUCUGCGCAAAGUGACUCCGUGCAGUUAAAGGUUGAUAUGAUUGAGCUACUUGGAGUUAGUGUGGAAGAUAUGAAGUCUCAGUCUCACUGGCGUGGUGGAGGUGUUGCCAUUGAUUCCAUAGUCGAUUAUUGUCGUGAUAGUCAGCGCUCCGUUGAGACGAGUGUGGUUGGUUGGAUGUUGUUGAUGCUUGGUACAUCAUUGUUUGUUGACAAGAGUGGUAGUAGACUGAGACCAGCGAGCAUACUUGAGCUUAAGGAUGGUGGUGUAGAGAGUAUUGCUGAGUAUUCGUGGGGUUCCGCGACCCUAUGCUAUCUUUAUCACCAGCUUGGAGUGGCUAGUCGCGGUGGAGCUCAGGGCAUCGCCGGAUGUUUGACGCUUCUGCAAGCAUGGAUAUAUGAGUAUUUCCCUACUUUUCGGCCACACACUUCUCGACUUACAUGUGAGCCUGGUAGAGCUCGUGCCGUCAUGUGGAGCAUCAGAAAUGAGGGCAAGAGUUUAGUUCGAACAGUGACUUGGUUGCCUUACGGUCCUGAUCCUGCAUCGACUGUUCCGAGGACUACAUUUUGUGGUUGGCUUCGAUAUCGUGAUAUUAUUAAGCCAUAUACGCCGGACCGUGUUUUACGUCAGUUAGGGUAUGUCCAGGUCAUUCCAUCCCCUAUUUUGACACCAGAGUUUGCAUAUAGGCCGAUAGAGAGCCAUUUGUAUGAGGUUCGCUUUUCCAUUGCCUCCACUGAGUCGGCUUGGCAGAUGUUCCCGAGAGGAUUCAGGCUAUUUUUAGCCGAGUUUCAGAUAGCGGAGUUUGAUCCAUCCACAUGUUCCUCUGACUACCUUCUUUGGUUAGUUCGGUAUUCGCAUCCUGGUGUAGCUAACGUGGAUCAUGCAGGUGCAUUUCCGGAUCGGACAAAUGCACCAUAUUGGGUGGAGAGGCUAUUUAGGGCUAUACAGCCUUUGUUGGAUGCUAGAGACGUCAUGCCGUCUGAGGAGUCUAGAGCAGCUGUGGAUGAUGUUGAGCAGAUCAUCUAUGAUUGGAACAUGUUUGCUAAAUGA